UCCCUUUUACAGUGUAGUGAUUGUUUCCAGUUUGAAUUUUAUCAUAAUUUGCGUGGGGUGUUGUUUACUAAUCCUUCAGCAGUAUCAUAAGUCACAUGAGUCUGACAACAAAGUGUUAAAAUAACAGGAUGAUUACCGUACACGCCAUAUUUUAUCCUCUCCUGGUUUUCUUGACCUCCAUCACAGCAACAUCCCUCUAUCUUUUCUUGAAGAAGCCAAAUCUAAUCGUGCAAUAUUAUCUAAGGGUAACUGUUCUGUGGAGUGGAAUGAAAAUUAAGUAUUUAAAUGUGAAUGGAAGGAAUGUUUGUUAUGGGGAAAAAGGACAAAAACAGAAAGGCAAAUCUAGCAUGAUACUUCUUCAUGGAUUCUCGGCUGACAAAUCAAUGUGGGCUCCCCUAGUCAGAAAUCUACCCCGGAAUAUCCAUGUAAUUGCCUUGGAUCUACCAGGUAAUGGGGAAAGUGAACCACCAGAGGAGGGAACAGACUUGUCAUUUAAGGGUCUGGUCCACAGUGUUCAUCAGAUUAUUGAGAAAUUAGAAAUGUCAAAUGACCCCUUACAUAUUGUGGGUCUGUCCAUGGGAGGGGCAAUAGCUGGGCUGUAUGCUGCGGAAUAUCCCCAGGUAGUGGACCGAGUCACCAUGAUGUGUCCAGCAAUGAGAACACCUGAACAGACAGCUGUUGCCAAAGAGAUACAUAGAGCUGUGGAGUCUGGGGAUGAGGAAACCAUUCUACGUGACUGUCCUCUGUUUCCUCAGAACCCAGAUGAGAUGCAGUACUUGUUAGAUUUUGCCCAGUUUCACAAGAGCAGUUUCAUUCCCAAACAGAUACUUCAAGGGGCUGUUGAUAUGAGGAGACAGUACCAUGGGUUUUAUUUGAAAUUAUUAAAAGGCUUGUCAGCAGAAGAAAAUGCAACACUAUUGGAGAGGACAGCCCCUCACAUAACAGUACCCUCCCACAUUGUCUGGGGUCAGGAGGAUCAGGUUGUACAUGUAUCGGGAGCAAAGAUUCUUACCGACAAACUGCCCAACUGCAAAAGAGUGGACAUUAUUCCUCGCUGUGGUCAUGCCAUUAAUCUGGACAGGCCAGGCUCCAAGACUAAGGCGCUGUUGAGUUUCAGGGGAGAGUACUCCAAGAAAGGAAAUUGAUAGAAAACUGUGAUAUCCAAAGCUUGCCAAAAAGCGAAAA